AUGGCCGUGGACGUGUGGGUGGACAGGGAAACGGAAGAGGCGGCGCAAGAAAAAAAGCUAAUGGAAAAGAAAAGCCUGAUGGUAAUCCAGAUUGGAAAAAUAUUGAGGAAGGUCAUCAAUAACAUUUUUGAACAGCUUUCCAAUCAGACAAAUUUAUAUUAUGAUUAUUUGAAAGCAAAUUCAAACAAACCUUUGCCACCCUUUGAACAAACAACAGUCACAGAGAUUAUGGCGUUUUUUGGUAUGGUCGUUGCAAUGGGACUAGCGAGACUUCCAUGUUAUGAUGAUUACUGGGCAAGGGGAAUUAUGCGCAUGCCAUGGUUUGCAUCAAUAAUGUUUCGAAAAAGGUUCAGAGAUAUCUUGAGGUAUUUUCAUCUUGUAGAUAAUAGAAAAAAUGUUGAGAAAGGACACCCUAAUUACUCAAAACUGUUCAAACUUGGUGGGUUGGAGGAAAAAUUAAGUAAAAUGUUUUCAGACAUGUAUCAUCCUGGGCAAAAUCUUAGCAUAGACGAACAAAUGAUUGGUAUGAAAAGCCGCUGUGGGCUUUAUUCAAUACAUGCCCAAAAACCAAAGAAAUUUGGUGUCAAGGUUUGGGCAUGUUGCGAAGCGGAAUCCUCGUACUGUCUGAAGUUUCAGAUUUACACCGGAGCGUCAGACACUGGAGCUAAGCAUGGUUUGUCACACCGAGUUGUAUUUGAUCUCAUGGAAAACUACCUCGAUCGGAAUUAUCAUUUGUUCAUUGAUAAUUUUUACACAAGCCUAAACCUGAUCAAAAGCCUCAAGGAUAGGCAAACAUAUGCCUGCAGAACUAUCAGAACGAACCGAGGUGAAUUCCCGAAACGAUUCAAGGAAGGAAAACUUGAUAUCGGCAAAUCAAUGUAUAUUCAGAUUGAUACUAUUGUUGCAGUUCACUGGAAAGAUAAGAGGGAUGUUUUUGUUAUGUCCUCUAUUCAUGGGAAUCAAGAAGUCACCAUUCAACGACAUAAAGGAGAUGUUGAAAAGCCUUCCAUGAUUCAGUCAUACGAUCAAAGCAUGGGAGGCGUUGAUAAAUGUGAUCAACGUAUAUCAUACUACGGCCUGAACCGAAAAUCCUGGAAGUGGUAG